UAAAUUAGGAGGACUUCUCUUCAAUUGACAAUUUGACACACACAAUCUAUCCUCUCUGCAUCGGUUCAAAAAGAGGAGUCUUGAUUUGUGUUUGAUCGUAGAAGGUUGAAAGAUGGGAGGAGGCAGUCCUAGCCCGAGUCCAAGUCCAGUUGGAAGCCCACGUGGACACAACAAUGAAGGGGAUCUUACAAACGCUUUCAACAACUGUAGAAUCCAACCUUCAGACCCUGGUUCUAGUGCCGCCGCUGCUGCUGCUGUAAUGCCCACUAUUUUUGGUGGGUAUCCCCCUUUUUCUGGCUUUCGAUCUCCUUAUCUCAAGCACAAAUUGAAGUGCCAUUUCAAAAUCAAGCACAGGCAUCAUGGGCCUCCCAAAAUCAAGCACAGACACCAUGAGCAUAUCAAAAUCAAACACAGACAUCAUAAGCACAAGCAUGGAGGAGAGAAAGAAAUGCACAGGUUCCCCCAUUGCCAUCAUAUGAAUACUGAAGCACCCCUUGGAUGCAGAGUCCUUCAUCAAGGGCCUCAUCAUCAUGGUCCUCGUCCUCAUCCUCCUGGUCAUCCUCCUCAUCACCAUAUGAGGGAGAGGCACCAUGGACACUGCUGCUCACAUGGUUAUCAUCACUUUUUCACUGACCCAAUGGGUGGCCCUGGACCUGGACCGGUGCCUGUGCCUGUGCCUGUGCCUCCCCCUCAUAAUUAAGGUGCUGCUCUUACUACACUGUAUAUUAUAUGAAAUGGGUCUGCUUAUCAGCAGCUUAAAAUAACUGGGCGCAAGGUUGGUCUGCAUAACCAACUGCUUGCUUAUUAUAUACAUAGUAGCAACUAUGAUGUUUGCCUUUGGGCUGCACUGAUUUUAUAUUAUGGGAUGCUCUAUAUGAAGAUACUACCUGAUUACAGGUAUUUUUUUGUCA